AUGCCAUUUACUAAAAAGAACCCCAAAAAAGUGGGAUUAGCUAAAAUUGCACCUAAACCAAUUAGUAAACCUAAAGAAGAGUCUGAUUCAUCUUCAGAUGGCUAUGAAAAUUCUGAUGGAGAAUAUGUUGAAAAACCAAAAUAUUAUAGACUUGGUGGAUAUCAUCCUGUAGUUAUUGGAGAAGAAUAUAAUGGUUAUAUCAUUCAAAAGAAACUUGGAUUUGGACAUUUUUCAACAGUAUGGUUAGUAGAACAUAAGGAAAAUAAAAUUCAAGGUGCAUUAAAAAUAGUUAAAAGUGCAAAAACAUACACAGAAACUGCAUUAGAUGAAAUUAAAAUAAUGAAGAAAAUAAAUGAAUGUGAUCCAGAAAGAAAAGAAAAUGUAAUACAUAUUUUAGAAGAUUUUAAGCAUAAUGGACCAAAUGGACAACAUAUUUGUAUGGUAAUGGAGUUAGGAGGAUCAAAUUUAUUAGACUUAAUAAAAUAUUAUGAUUAUAAAGGUAUUCCAAUUAAUGAUUGUAAAGAAAUUGCAAAACAAAUAUUAAAAGCAUUAGAUUUUAUUCAUACAAAAUGUGGAAUUAUUCAUACUGACUUAAAACCAGAAAAUGUACUUCUUUCAUUUACAAUUCCAAAAAAUGGAAAAGAACCAAUUCCUAAAAUUAUUGAAAGUAAACUUGCUGAUUUUGGUAAUGCAAAUUGGAUUAACAAACGAUUUACUGACGAUAUUCAAACAUUAGAAUAUAGAAGUCCAGAAGUUAUUUUAGGACUUCAUUGGGGAUGUCCAGUUGAUAUAUGGUCACAUGGAUGUAUGAUUUUUGAAAUGUUAACAGGAGAUUAUUUAUUUAAACCGAAACAAGGAAAAACAUUUACGUUAGAAGAAGACCAUUUAGCCCAAUUUAUUGAAUUACUUGGUUAUUUCAAUAAAAAAUACUUAAAUAUAGCUCCAAAUACUCCAAAAUAUUUUACAAGAAAUUAUGAAUUAAAACAUAUUCCUAAUAAUGAAUUACAUUUAUGGAAAACUAAAGAAGUUCUUAUUGAAAAAUAUAAAUUUUUACCUGAAGUUGCUGAGCCUAUUGCAUCAUUGAUUGAAGGAAUGCUUAUUUAUGAUGAAAAUAAACGAUUUACUGCAAAGAUGUGUUUAGAACAUCCAUGGUUUAAAUGA